AUGCUAGAGCUAGUGAUUUCACCCAGCCUCAGUGUCAACAGCGAUCGUCCGGGGAAACUGAAGCUUAACUGCGCCGUCGCCGAUGUCUGGACUCUGAGAGACGGAGCAGGCAUCACGGCGUCGGCCCCUCCGAGUGCGUCCCAGCUGUUCGAGCGACCUUGCCCACGUAUCCUGCCCAGUCAGCCUCCCUCCGCCAUGGCAGCCUACGGCCAGACACAGUACAGUGCGGGGAUCCAGCAGGCUGCCCCCUACACGGCUUACCCACCUCCAGCACAAGCCUAUGGAAUCCCUUCUUACAGCAUCAAGACAGAAGACAGCUUGAACCAUUCCCCCGGCCAGAGUGGAUUCCUCAGCUAUGGGUCCAGCUUCAGCACCCCAGCCACUGGACAGAGCCCGUACGCCUACCAGAUGCACGGCACGGCCGGGAUCUAUCAAGGAGCCAAUGGACUGACCAACGCGGCCGGAUUCGGAAGUGUGCACCAGGACUAUCCUCCCUACCCCGGCUUCCCCCAGAGCCAGUAUUCCCAGUAUUACAGCUCGUCCUACAGCCCUCCAUACGUCCCGGCCAGCAGCAUCUGCCCGUCCCCCCUCUCCACAUCCCCCUACGUCCUCCAGGAGGCAUCUCACAACGUCCCCAACCAGAGUUCUGAGUCGCUUGCCGGUGAAUAUAGCACACACAAUGGACCUUCCACACCGGCCAAAGAGGGAGACACAGACCGGCCGCACCGGGCCUCUGACGGGAAGCUCCGAGGCCGGUCUAAGCGGAGCAGUGACCCCUCCCCAGCAGGGGACAGCGAGAUCGAGCGCGUGUUCGUGUGGGACCUGGAUGAGACAAUAAUUAUCUUUCACUCCUUGCUCACGGGGACUUUUGCAUCCAGAUAUGGGAAGGACACCACGACGUCCGUGCGUAUCGGCCUGAUGAUGGAGGAGAUGAUCUUCAACCUCGCAGAUACGCAUCUGUUCUUCAAUGACCUGGAGGAUUGUGACCAGAUCCACGUCGACGAUGUCUCAUCCGAUGACAAUGGGCAAGAUUUAAGCACGUACAACUUCUCUGCUGAUGGCUUCCACAGUUCGGCCCCGGGAGCCAACCUGUGCCUGGGCUCCGGCGUCCACGGCGGCGUGGACUGGAUGAGGAAGCUGGCCUUCCGCUACCGGCGGGUGAAGGAGAUGUACAACACCUACAAGAACAACGUGGGUGGCUUGAUAGGGGCUCCCAAAAGAGAGACCUGGCUACAGCUCAGAGCUGAGCUGGAAGCUCUGACCGACCUCUGGCUGACCCACUCUCUGAAGGCACUAAACCUCAUCAAUUCCAGGCCCAAUUGUGUCAACGUGCUGGUCACCACCACUCAACUAAUUCCUGCUCUGGCCAAAGUCCUGCUGUACGGACUGGGCUCUGUGUUUCCUAUUGAGAACAUCUACAGUGCAACCAAGACAGGGAAGGAGAGCUGCUUCGAGAGGAUAAUGCAGAGAUUCGGCAGAAAAGCCGUCUACAUCGUGAUUGGCGAUGGCGUCGAAGAGGAGCAGGGAGCGAAAAAGCACAACAUGCCUUUCUGGCGGAUAUCCUGCCACGCUGACCUGGAGGCGCUGAGGCACGCCCUGGAGCUGGAGUAUUUAUAGCAGAAGCCGUGACAUCGCCACCUGCCAUCACGGCGGCAUCCCACCCACCCAGGCCCCUCACCUUCCCCGCGCCCCGCCAGAUGCUGGACACCGGGCCGGGUCCCUGCAGCCGAGAGGACGUGUCCAGUGACCAUCUCAGAAGCCGUCCUUUCAGUCCACACGCGGGUCCCGAGACGCAGAGUACCCACCAGUGGCUUUGGGAUAUUUAACUUCAGGGAAAAGGGCUGGCUCAGAGUCCAGACUUUUCUACAAGACUCACAGAACAAAAGCAAGGAAUUGCUGAUUUGGGGGAGG